GAACCAAAUUCUAGAUUGAAAUAGGGCAAUAAUGGAAUUUUCAUGAUUAGGUUUAUAUAUAUACUUACAAUAUCAGUGUGAGCUAGCUCUGUUGCGGCGUACCAAACAAACCCAUCGCUCUUUCGUUAUCCACAAAACAAAAACCUUCCAAGAUGAAUAUAGAGAAGCUCCAGAAGAUGGCUGGUGCCGUGCGCACUGGUGGAAAGGGAAGCGUUAGAAGAAAGAAGAAGGCUGUACACAAGACCACAACCACAGAUGAUAAAAGGCUUCAAAGCACUCUUAAAAGAAUAGGUGUUAAUGCCAUUCCAGCCAUUGAGGAGGUCAAUAUUUUCAAGGACGAUGUAGUCAUCCAGUUCCAAAACCCUAAAGUUCAAGCUUCAAUUGCUGCCAACACAUGGGUUGUUAGUGGAUCUCCUCAAACAAAGAAAUUGCAAGAUCUUUUACCUGGAAUUAUCAACCAAUUGGGACCCGAUAACUUGGACAACUUGAGGAAGCUUGCAGAACAAUUCCAGAAGCAGAUGCCUGGUGGUGCAGGUGCCAUUCCUGGAACAAUCCCUGAGGAGGAUGACGAUGAUGUGCCAGAGCUUGUGGCUGGAGAGACAUUCGAAGCCGCAGCCGACGAGCAAAAAGCAGCUUCCUAGAUAUUGUAAGGGAGAGCUAAAAUACUAUAUCCCUACAAUUUCGGUUUUUUGACAUAUCUAUUGUCUUGAAAUUUUUAGUGUUCUCUACUGCCUGGUUUUUUUUUCCUCUUAGGCUCUCCCCUCCUUUCUCUUCGUAGCCAUCAACCAUGUUCAUUGGAAAAACCCUGUUGAAUAGAGUUUACACCCUUGAGCAUUACAUGUAACUGUCCUGUUUGAAGAUUUAAUCUGUCAUUAUUGCAAAUUUUCUUAUGCAUUUGCACUUUAUUGUGAACUCUUUUUUCUAUCA